CUACCUGCAGCCAAUCACAGCUCUGCUUUACCCAACUUAAUAAAGUUUGACUGUUAAUAACGUUUGACUGUUGUUUGAGGAACCCGAGUCUUCUUCUCCUUUGCCAAAGAUGUCCGUGAACAGACCUGCUCUGGCUAUGUGCAACACACACUGUCUCAAAGUAUGAGAUACGAGCAAAAAAGAGCCUCUUGUAAGAAAAGAAGAUGUAUCUGUGGCGCUUCUCCAUCGCCAUUACUUUUGGCUUGGUGUGGUAUUUUUCAGACUGCUGGCGCACAGUGACACAGUACUUGUUAUGUUUUCUCUUUUGUUUUUCUACCCCGCUGUUAUUUGGAAACAGCAUGCGAGAGAUCAGCACUCAAACUGAAGAAGAAACGAAGGAAAAUCCACUCCAGGAAACUGUUGAGGAAGAGUCGUUUGGUGACUUGAAUGACAGAGAAACCAGGGAGCAGGCUGAACCAGUGGAUUCUCAGUAUCCACAGGUGAAGAGGUCCCUUAAGCAAGUGUUUGAGCGUGCCUACGCUCAGCUGGUGCUGCCUUGGUACGGUGUCCUUGAGCCAUGUGAGAACCAGCUUCUGCACCAGGUGCUCAGCAGGGAGUUUGACUUUGUAAUUGACCGGAUCAUUGAGAGAGCAAAAGACUUUGAUGUUUGCCAGGCUGUCGUAGGCUCCAUUCGGAUUUUGACCCAGCACUUGCACAAUGCGAAGCAGUCUGACAGUGACAUCCUAAUGGCUCUUCUUAUGCUGAAUGGUGUUUCAACAGUAGCACAUCCCAUCAGAGCUCUCUUGUUCACUUCCAGAGCAGAAGAGAUUGCAGUUCUCCGAGAGUUUUCUGAAACUCUGGUAUGUAACCUUCUUCCCGAAUCUCUCUGGGGACAAGACGUCAGCCGCUGUGCCUUAAAUGAGAUCGUUGCCUUAAAGGGUUUGGGCCUGUUGGUGACAUGGCUGUCGGACCCCGACAACCUGAACCAGCUGGUGGUGAGCCAGCUUGACAGCGUGACCCCCAAAGGCUCUGUGGAUGAGCUGUGUGGAUCAGACCCAGAUCAAGCCUCGCUGGCUUCACACGAGGGCGAAGGCGAGGCCGAGGGCAGUGAAGUGGGCUUGGAGAGAGCAGGGAUUUCAAACGGCACUAGGAUCGAGGCCAAAAGUAAAGGUAACAAGUUAAAAGAAGGAUGGUCAAAAUUUGUUGACAAGAUGAAGCCCAAGAAGACCAAGAAAAAUAAGAUAAUGAAGAAGGAGCCAACAGGGAUGAGGACCAUGGCGAUCCAGGAAAACCAGGACACCAGGGAGGACUCCAUUCUCAGCCAGCAGGACUCUGACAGGGAGGACAGUGAUCUGGAUAACUACCUGACAAGCGUCCAAGAGGACAUGAUGGAAUUCAAGCUGUCAUACGAGAUGUGGCGUGCCGGCCGCUGGGCUGUCAGCAUCCCUCAUACCGACUGGGAGGAUAAAGAGAUAAUCUUCACUGUUCACCUGGAGGAGAAGGACAGCCCUGAGAACCUACAUUGGGACAUCAGGAAGACCUACAUGGAUGUUGUGUACUUUUGCAACAGAUGGCAGGACUCGAUCCGGCUGCCCACGAUCCUGGUGCCGGAGGAGUCAGAGAUCACAGAUGAGGUCAAAGAAGAAGCGAAGGGAUCAUUGGAGAACUUCCUGCAGGAAUUAGUUUCUGACGAUCUAAUCGGCCGCAGUCAGCCAGUUUUUCAGUUCCUCUGCCCACUUGACAAACUACUGAAUGAGGAGGAACAUUAUGGAGGCGUCUGGGGCCUUCUGAGUGGCUUGGCUUACUUCCUGACUCCAGGUCAAGAGGAAGAAGAGAACUCUAGUCCUCAGACAGAGGCCCCGAAAGAAAUCACAAUGACAUCUUCACAUCCUGAAUCUACAACUCUGCCUUUAGAAAACCCUGGUGCCUCUACUGAGAAGGGCAACAAUGUUACUGGUACUACAAUCCCAACUAUUGUUAUCUUGGAAGAUCAUUCUGAUUCAGUGCCGCCAGAGGAAGCAGAAACACAAAAGGAGCUGGAGCCUGCAAAUAAAAACUGCUCCCCCAACAAAACAGAGGACUCUAGUAAUGCCUUAACCUCUCCCUUUAAAAUGUUCAAAGGACUGAUACAAUCCAGGUCACUAGAGUCCUUGCUCUCAACAAGAACCACCAGUGAUAAAGACUCACCUGUGUCAGACUCCACAGCGCACUGCAGACAAAAUGGAGAGUUUCAGGGGGAUAGCACGGAAGGUCCAUCGUGGUGUCACUUCAGUGCAAAGUCAAAUAAAAAGGACAAAAUAUGUUUCAAGAUGUCAGGUGGAGCAAACAAGACUAAAGGGAAGGACCAGGACACUUUGCCGAGAGGGGAGGACUCCCAGUGUCAGAAGAGCCAAGAGCCACAAAAGCCAGGCCAGCUGGAGGCAACAAAAGCCAUAUUUGAUCUGCUGAAAGAAAUUUCUGGGAACUCCAUCCUCAUAAACAUAUUUGAUGCCAUUUUGAAACCCUUUAUGCCCAUCUUGAAAAAAAAAGUGAACUCUUUCCUAAACAAGAUGAACCCAUCAGAAGUGCAGAUGGCUACAUACAUCGAUGCUGUGCGUGAAAAACAGUGGCCAGAGAUUCAACCAGCUGCACCGCCUCCACCUCGUCCUCCUCGCACAGACGAGGAGAAGAACGAGACCAGGGCCAGAGCGUACAACCUGAUGAAUGCCAAAUGUUCAAACUAUCUUAUCCUAAAGAAGACAGACAUGGAGUCUGUUUUUAAUCUGUUCCAGGACUGUGAAAAAAACAAAAUGCUCGUACAUAUGCUCCUGUCAUUCCUAAUGAGGAAAUUGUUUCCCAGUGAGCAUUCUCUAAAUGUGAGCGCUGCUGCCUUACAGAAAGUGACCAACCUGACUAACUGAUCUGUGAACCCUUGAUUGUGAUUUUGGGGGGGGGAGGUUGUUUUGUUUUUUGACAUUUUAGAAUAUCAAAUUAUUUAUUUAUAUCUCAGACACUCCAUUAUGUCGUUUUUUAUGGUGAACAUUUUGUGAAUUUCCUUUUGGCUUUUAUUUUAAAUAAAUAAAUAAAAUUUUAUUUUGCAUAGUGUAGAAUUACAGAAUUGUAAUUUAUUACCAUUCAUAACUUGUUUGUGAAGUCAGAAAUACUCUUUGUGGGAACCGGCUUUAAAAAUUGUAUUUUUGUUGUGAAAUUUAGAGGUAAAAGUCAAGUUUAUUUCAUGUUUACAGUUGAAAUUUCACCCUUCACAUUUUAAUGUAAAAGAAUAAAAAUUUUCUAAAACAUUUUGUCACUGU